AUGCAGUCCCAGACGAUCAAGCACAUGAUCGAGGACCACAUGAUCGAGGACGACUGCGCCGACAACGGCAUCCCUCUCCCCAACGUCACCGCCAAGAUCCUCGCCAUGGUCAUCGAGUACUGCAAGAAGCACCACGAUUCUCCCAAACCUGACUACGCCGGCGCCGUGGAGGACGAAGCUAUGAAAACUUGGGACAAGAAGUUCGUGAAGGUCGAUCAGGACACCCUCUUCGACCUAAUCCUGGCCGCCAAUUACUUGAACAUCAAGGAGCUACUGGAUCUGACCUGCAAGACCGUGGCGGACAUGAUGAGCGGAAAGACACCGGAGGAGAUCAGGAAGAUUUUCAACAUUAAGAACGAUUAUACUCCUGAGGAAGAAGCAGAGGUUCGCAGGGAGAACCAGUGGGCGUUUGAAUGAAUCCUGGUAGUAUAGCAUUAGUAGCAGCAUUGUUACUUUAUUUUAGACUAGUGCGGUAUUAGGAUAUUUUUGUCGGAGGAAUUCUUAGUGAACUUUUGAGGUUUGUGAGUUGAAUU